AUGAACACAACGCAAAUACCACCACGAAACAUUGUUCCACCUCCUCGUCCGUCCCACAACGGCUUACCAAACUCGUCGCCUGCAGAAAGAAGCCCACCAACCACUUCACAGUCCUCCUCCCCCAAAACGUCUGAAAAAUACAACACAGAUAACCAAACCGUUGUUGGCCACUCACUCGUACCUCAACGUUCAGCUCCGCCGCCACCAAAUUCUGUGCAAAAAUCUGUACAAAUGAGUAGCAGCGCUUCUGGUUUGAGUCACAAUGGUAAUUUAAAGUCAAACUCGUCGUUAAAUUCACGUCGUGGGCCUCCUACCUCGAAAAAAUCUGCGAGUUUAGGGCCACCUCCAAAACCUAACCGAACAACAGCCAGUACGCCAACGAGUCAAUCGCCUCUAGCUCGAAGUCCGUCCGCUGGUAGUGCUCCGACAAAAUCUCCAGGGAUAUCGACCGAUUCUGCUAACGUUUCCCCUACUUCAACCAAGUAUUCGCAAAGUGGAAGCUAUGGCUCCGUUAAAGGCCCACCUAUCAAAGUACACGGCGAAGAUAUUCAACCUAUAACCAAUGAGAAAGACGGGAAUAACAGAUCACUCAAAGGAGUACUGAAUACUUUCGUUAGUUCGAUGUCCGAUUUGUUAUCAACUCAAAAAAGAGUAGAAAUUUCAUCGCCUUAUGAUCCAGUUCAUUUAACUCACGUUGGAUUCAAUCAAGAAACUGGAGAAUUUACGGGCUUGCCAAAAGAAUGGCAACAGUUGUUACAAGAAUCCGGUAUCUCAAAAGAAGAUCAACAGGCCCAUCCUCAAGCUGUGUUGGAAAUUGUAAAAUUUUAUCAAGAUAAUACAGCUGGAGGAAAAAAUUCGAUUUGGGAGAAAUUUAAUAAUGUCCAACUCCCAAAUCAAUCUCCACCAUCUAGCUUACCAACUUCACCACAUAAUAUGGUGGGAAAACCAUUUGAGAAUCCUGUGAGUGUAGAAAACUUCAGAUCUGCACCAAUCCCUCCUUCGGAAAAGAAAAAACCAAGUCCACCAGUUGUUCCUACAAGAUCAACUAAUGCACAAAGUGCUACGGAUAAAAGUAACAAUCAGCAAAAACCACCAAGCAAAGCUCCUUCACCUAAGCCUCCACGUAACCAAGAACCUCCAAAGCUCCCUCCAAUACAGCCAUUGCCUCCGCUUGAAAGUCGAACUAUGCCAAUAACGCCUCCAAAACCGGCUCCAAAACCGCCUCGUCCCAAGGAGCCCAAUAACCAAUUACCAUCACCACCACAAACGGCUCCACCUACUUCUAAACCUUCACAGCAACCAACAGGUGGUCCUUCUGGCGCCAUUGUAAAACCACCUCCACCUAACACUCAACGUCGACAACAACGUAAACCGGCAAAAGAUUCUACAGAUAUCAUUGAGAGGUUAAAGGCUAUUUGUACUGACGCUGACCCAACUAAAUUAUAUCGAAACUUGGUUAAAAUCGGUCAAGGUGCUUCUGGUGGUGUUUUUACUGCUUACCAAGUGGGAACAAACAUGUCAGUUGCUAUUAAACAAAUGAACCUCGAACAACAACCCAAGAAGGACCUCAUCAUAAAUGAAAUAUUGGUCAUGAAAGAAUCAAGGCAUCGUAAUAUCGUAAAUUACAUUGAUAGUUUCCUUUGGAAAGGUGAUCUAUGGGUAGUUAUGGAAUUCAUGGAAGGUGGUAGCUUGACGGAUGUUGUGACCAAUAAUAUAAUGACAGAAGGUCAAAUUGCGGCUGUAUGUAGAGAGCAGACUUUGGAAGGUCUAGCACAUUUACAUUCUAAAGGUGUAAUUCAUAGAGAUAUUAAGAGCGAUAAUGUUUUAUUAGCACUAAACGGCGAUAUUAAACUUAUAGUGACGCGUAAAGAGUAUGGCCCAAAGGUUGAUAUAUGGUCAUUAGGAAUUAUGGCCAUUGAAAUGGUUGAGGGUGAACCGCCAUAUCUGAAUGAAAAUCCUUUGAGGGCCCUAUAUCUUAUUGCAACAAAUGGCACACCUCAAUUACAAAAUCCUGAAAGUUUGUCGCAAGUUUUUCGAGAAUUUUUGAAUUUAUCAUUGGAGGUUGAUUCGGAGAGGAGACCAACUGCAGUUGAGCUCCUUAAGCACAAAUUUUUACAAAAAGCAGAACCUCUUAAAUCACUCGCCCCGCUGAUUAAGUCUGCAAGGGAGAAUGCAAAGAAGGGCUAA